AUGUGCUGGCUCGGGCAGGUCCUCUUGACUAUCGCCAUGGAUCCGUGGGCGGCUUUCAAAGCCUUCUGUUUCGUAAUCCUCAAGCCACCCGGGACAAUACCCGUGCUCAUCAUUCGACUACUCCAUUGGUUCAUCGUGUGCUUCCUCUAUUUCAUCCUCAAGGUUGUACCCUUAGUCGGCGCGCACUUGAUCAGGCUUAGGGAUAUCUCCUCUCACCAUUCCGCACCGGGAACGAGAAAACUUUGCAGAAGAACGUGCGAGACACGUGGUGUGACCCGUCAGAUGUGGCAUCUAUCAACUCAAAAUAACACUCUUAUUCAACAAAGUCUCAGGCAUAUUUAG